AUGUGUAAACAUGUAGGGCUUCUCAGAUCUGUGACAGUUCAUUACAUAGCCAUUCAUUUUUUCCCCAUUCAGGCUUCCCGACAACCUGCAGGAAUUCCAGGGAUUGCACCAGCUGAAGAAAAGAAAGGUGGUAACCUUCCAGACAUUGUGAACAGUGGAAGUUUGCCUGAGUUCCUGGUUAAUUUGCAUGAAAGAUACGGGCCUGUGGCCUCUCUCUGGUUGGGCACCACUGAUGUACUCAAGCAGCACUGCAACCCCAAAGACUUAUAGGUUACUUCGGACUCAUUUGAAACCAUGUUGAAGUCAUUAUAGGUUCAAUCUGGUGGUGGGAGUGUGAGCAAAAACCAUAUGAGGAGCAAACUCUAUGGAAAUUCCAUGAUGGCCACUUUGCAGAAUGACUUUUCUCUCCUGCUAAAAUGUAGACAAUGGUGUGUGCAGAGUGUCUCAGGUGAGAACCAGCAUAUGCGACUUGCUUUGAAAUCUGUCACACAAUUGGUACUGGGUAGUACAUUUGAAGAUGAACAGGAAAUCAUGCUCUUCCAAAAGAUUCAUGGCACGGUUUGGUCUGAGAUUGUAAAAGCCUUUUUAGAUGGGUCACUUGAUAAAAAUGCCACUCAGAAGAAAACAUAUGAAAACUUCAUCAUGCAGUUGGAAUCUAUUUUAAAGAAAAUUAUACGGGAACAAAAAGGAAGGAACUUUAGUCCACCUAUCUUCAUUGUACUUAAACAAGGAAACCUUAAUGAGCCACAGAUCCUAGAAGACAGUAUGAUAUUUUCUCUGGCUGAUUGCAUAAUAACUGCAAAGUUGUGUACCUGGGCAAUCUGUUCUCUGACAACUGGGGAUGUUCAGAAGAAGCUCUAUAAGGAGAUAGACCAAGUUUUUGGGAAGGGUCCUCUUACUCCAGAGAAAAUUGAGCAGCUAAGGUUUAAUAAAGGUUGUUUUGCUGACGAAUCAGUGAUGAAAGUGUUUUCUUCCCUUCGUUUUUCAGGCACAUGGGAAUACCCAGAGCUCAGAUUUGCGUACACAGUGGCCACUGUGCUCAUGAGCGUGUUGGUGAGGAGGCUGCUUGCUCUCCUUGCUGUGGAAGGGCACAUUUUUGAGAUGAAGUAUGAACUGGUCACAUGAUCGAGGGAAGACGCAUGGGUCACUGUCUCCAAAAGGAACUAG